AUGGGAACAACGAGCAGCGGCCCCGGACCAGCCCCGGCCCCAGCGCGGCCCCCUCAGGGCAGCGCCGCGGGGUCCUGGGUACGGACGCUGCUGGGCCGUGCCGCCGUGCCCAUACCGUUGCCGGUACCGGUGCCGGGGCUCGCCCUAGCCCCGCGGGGCCCCGCCGAGGAUCCGCCGCUACCCGGCUGGCCGCUGCCGCAGCUCGUCUCGCUUUUCCUGCCGGAGUUCCCUGUUCGCCCCUCCGCCCGCCAGCAGCAGCUCAAGAUCUUGGGCUUUGUGGCCAAAGGCUCCUUCGGGACCAUCCUCAAAGUGCUGGACUGUGGGAGGGAGAAGGUCUGCGCCGUGAAGGUGGUGCCCAAAGUGGAGGUGCUGCGCCGUGAUACCCUCAAGCAAUGCAAGGAAGAAGUCAGCAUCCAGCGACAGGUCAGGCACCCGUUUGUCCACGGGCUGGGGGACAGCUGGCAGGGUCAGCGCCACCUCUUCAUCAUGUGCACCUACUGCAGCACCGGGGACUUGCACGCGCUGUGGCGUGCUGCUGGGCACUUCGCCGAGACCACCGUCCGCCUGUUUGCUGCUGAGCUGGUGUUGGUGCUGGUGUAUCUCCAUGACCUGGGAAUCGUGCACAGGGAUGUGAAGAUGGAGAACAUCCUCCUGGAUGAGAGAGGACACCUCAAGCUCACUGACUUUGGCCUCUCCCGGCACCUGCAGUGGGGUGAGCGAGCCCACACCAUCUGUGGCACCCUGCAGUACAUGGCCCCAGAGGUGCUGAGUGGGGGACCCUACAGCCACGCAGCUGACUGGUGGUCCCUGGGAGUCCUGCUCUUCGCUCUGGCCAGUGGAGAGUUCCCUGUGGCACCAGCAGGAGACCAUGUGGCCAUGUUGGAGCGUGUCAAGCAGAGCAGCUAUGAGAGCCCACCUUCCCUCAGCCCCCAGCUGGCCCGGCUACUUGCUGAGCUGCUGUGCCACAACCCCUUGCACCGCCUGCGCUACCUUUACCACUUUGAGGGUCACCCCUUCUUCCGUGGGGUCACCUUCGACGCUGAGCUGCUGCAGAAGGACCCGGUGGCGGUGGCCGUGGCGCCACGACCCCCUGAUCAGCCCCCACCAGACCCUGACACCUUUGCCGACUUUGACUGCGACCUCACCAUCCCCCCGGGCCGGCCCUGGCCUGGCUGAGCCACCGUGCCCGUGACUCCCCCAGCAUUGCUCAGGGACAUCCCCCCUGGCCCCGGCAGCAGGUCGGACCCUGCUGGACUGGGGG